AACAACAACACAUGCUCUGAACGCUGUGAAAUCAAACGAAUAUUAUUUUACCAAAUUAGAUGCAUUUAUUUUGCAUUUUUAAGGUCGAAACAUUACAAUGAAUCCGAUUCGCGUAAGAGCACCGAACAAGUUUCGAUCGCUGGUGAAAGUGACCUCGCUGGGAGCGAUAACAUUCAGUGCCAUAUGCCUCUACAAGGGAAAUGAAAAGUUCUACGAAAGUGUAUUCAUGCCCUUUGUACGGCUGAUCCCACCGGAAACGGCUCACCAGCUGGCGGUGUUCGGUGUCAAGAUGGACCUUGUGCGGCCGAAUUACCAAGAUCCGGAAACGCUUCGUACCCGACUGCUUGGCAUGACGGUUAGUAAUCCGGUGGGCAUUGCUGCCGGAUUCGACAAACAUGGGGAAGCAGUCAAUGGACUGCACAGUAUAGGUUUUGGGUUUGUGGAAAUCGGUUCGGUCACGCCGAACCCGCAACCGGGCAAUUCCAGGCCACGCGUAUUUCGACUGAACGAGGAUAAGGCUAUUGUUAAUAGAUACGGAUUCAACAGCGAAGGUCAUGACGUUGUAUUCGAGCGACUGAAGAAAACUCGUGAAGAGAGUAAGAACCGAGUAACACUGGGAAUAAAUCUCGGAAGGAACAAGCACUCGCCAGAUGCUUAUAAUGAUUACAUACAAGGAAUUAAGAAAUUUAGCAGCCUAGCAGACUACCUGGUUAUUAACAUCAGUAGUCCUAACACUCCUGGUUUGAGAUCCAUGCAGAACAAAACAACCCUACAGGUUUUGUUAACCGAGGUUCGAAAAGCACGAAGCUCUCUUCCUUCUGAAGAGCAACGUCCAAUCCUGGUAAAGAUUGCUCCCGAUUUAGCUGACGAGGAUGUUCUGGAAAUAGUCACCGUUGUGACGCAGAAGGAAUUUGCCGUCGAUGGAGUGAUAGUAUCGAAUACGACGAUCGAUCGACCUUCCACGCUGAAGAGCAUCAAUGCAGGCCAAUUGGGAGGUCUUAGUGGCGCACCGCUAAACCAAAGAACCACACAGCUGAUAGCGAAGGUCUACAAGUGGAGCGAAGGGAAAAUUCCGAUUAUUGGCGUUGGAGGGAUCUUCAGCGGACAGGAUGCUUAUGAGAAGAUCUUGGCCGGUGCCAGUGCCGUUCAAUUGUACACGUCGUUCAUAUUCCAUGGGCCACCGGUUGUGAAGCGGAUCAAGCAAGAAUUGAAUCAACUGCUGAAGGAGAACGGUUUCAAGAGCGUCGAAGAAGCCGUUGGAAAGGGGAAUGAUAGAUUUUUGUAGUACCAAUCGGGGUGGAAUACCUAGUUUAAUCGUGGCUAUGCCUAUUCUAAGCAGACAAUAUUUUCUCGAGAUGAUUAUGUAAUAAAUU